GGUAUAUAAACACAUGACCAUGACUUUGUAGACAUCAUUGAGAUCACAUCAACCUGAUCAUUACGUACCAUCUUGAAAAGUCAACGACCAUUUAACAGUAGUUUAUUUUAACGUUAUUAUCAACAUGAAAAUAUUUAUUAUUGCAUCAAUUGUUGCAAUUGUAACAGCUGAAAAUUAUUCAUCUAAAAAUGAUACUUUAAAUUCAGCAACAAUUUUAUCACGUUAUAAAAAAAAUGCAUUUCAAGAAUCUCAUCAGGUACCUCAACAAGAAAUUAAAACACAUGAAGUACCUGUUCCAGUUUUAAUUCCAUAUGAAGUUGUUAAACGUAUAGAAGUACCAACUGAACAACUUGAACCAUAUUUCAUUGAAAAAAAAGUACCUUUUGUUGUUGAAAAACCAUAUCCAGUUACAGUUGAAAAACAUUUUCCUGUGCCAAUACCAAAACCAUAUCCUGUACCAGUUUAUCGUCAUGUAUUUCAUCAUCAGAAUAAAGACGCUUGGAAAAAUCAAUAAUCUAUAAAACAUAAAAAUUUAUUGUGUAAAAAUAUUUAAGCCAAAAGCUGUUUAUUAAUUUCGACUGAGUUCAAAUUAUAUUUUUAUAUUGUGAAAUAAUUUGAACAUUUAUUUAUAUAUCAAUAAAAUAUUAUUAUUAAGUUAUUAAA